AUGGAAAAUAUCAACUUAGGCCUAAAUCAUGAUAAUGAUUUAAAUCACCCAACAACAACUUUCACUUCAUGUUUUGGCAAUCAACUUUGCAACUCAAUUACUCAUAAUAAAACAUGUACAAAAUGCUUCAUACUAAAUAAAAUAGAUUUUAAAUUAACAUUAGAACAUAAAAAUGCCAAACCUAGGAAAGUGGUAUGUGGCGGUAAUCAUUCUUUCAUCCUAUUUGAUACUGGAUUACUUUUUGCUUGUGGCGAUAAUAAUGAAGGUCAAUGUGGUAUUUGCAGUCCCUCAUCAACUGUAUUAAAAACUUGGACUUUUAUAAGAGAUGAUGUUUUGGACAUUACUUGUGGAUGGGAAUUUACUGUUAUAGCUACUUUGCUUAAUAAUAGUUGCGAAUCCAGUACUAUUGAUAUUGUUAAUAAUACUACUAAAAAAAUAUGUAUAAAAAGUUGUGGUGUCGGUUUAAAAGGCGAAUUAGGUUAUGGAAUGGAAAUUAAAAAAUCGAAAAAAUUGAAUAGGGAUUGGCUAGAUGUUAUGGAAAUUAACGUCCAUCCGGAAAAUUAUAAAAAUUCCAUUCAAACAAUAAUCAAAUUAUAUGGGUCGUUAAAUAACGUCUUGGUGUACGAUGGAAUUAACGAUGUAUGGUAUGGUUGGGGUGCCAACAGAAAAAACCAAUUAUUAGUUGAUAAUACUGGUGCCAAGAAUUUAUAUAAACCUACAGUAUUGGAAACUCUUUCGAUCAAUAGAGGUAAUGAUAAAAUUGAUAUCGACGCUAAUGAUCUGACUUACAAAUUGGAUCACUUAGUUAGCAUGGGAAAAGAUUUUAUUUGUUUAAUAAAAAGUGAGAAUAUGGCAAAUGUCAACAAUUUAAUUUUACAAGGGACUAUGCUUCAAAAUUACGGUGAAAAAAUGAAAAAUACCCUUAAAGAAAAUAUUAACAGUAGUAAAGAUGUGAUUGUUUAUAAUAGAAGUAUGUGGUCUAGUCUACAUUUGAUAGUCUGCAAAAAAAACAACGCUGCUAGUAGCUAUCAUCAACUGCUUUCCAUCGGUAACGGAAAUCAUGGACAAUUAAGUCUAAAUGGAAGAUUAUUUUUAAAUCAAAAUAAUGUUAUUACUAAGUUUGAGGUUGGUAGUGAACACGGCAUAAUAGUAGUUAGAGAUUUGUCAGCCGCGCUACCAUCAUCACCACCCUCUCCUCAAGAUAGUACCAAUACUAGUUGUGCCACUAUUAUCAAUAAGAAUGUUGAAAAAGUCUAUUGCUUUGGUUGGGGUGAGCACGGAAAUUGUGGUCCAAUACAGAAAAAAGAUAAGAAUAAUGAUAUAAUGGAUGAUUUGAAUUUAGUAUAUGAGACACCAAAAUUAUCAAUGAGUAAAAAAGAAUCUAUAGAAUUUGUUAGUGGCGGUUGUGCCACUACUUGGAUAUGUAUAUUUAGUCAAUAUAACUAA